AUGGCCGCCGCCGCCUCUGUGACAGGCCUGGUCACGUCACUGCCGCCUAUGAGGUCGCUGGGGCUUUGUAGGUGAUUGUCCCUUCCCGGGCUCCGUCCCGAGGCGGUGACUGCUCCUGUCAACCGGUGCCUGAGCGAUCAUGGCAACGGACUCGGGCGGAGAGCGCGUGGCAGCGGUGGCAGCGGCGGCAGUUUGGUCGCGGACCGGGGCGGCGGAGUGGCGGCGACGGCGGUGGCAGUGGCGCUUGCACCAGCCUUGAGCGUCAUGCAGCGGGGAAGCUCCGAGAGGGAGCUGGCUGCUCGGUGGGACGCGGAGGCGGCGGAAGGGGUCCGUGUGGACGCGGACGCGGGCGCGGCCGGGGAGCCCGAGCGCAAGGCGGGGGAGAAGCAGGCCAAGGACCCGGCCCCCACGCAGCCCCGCGCGGCCGAGGAGGGAGACGCCCGCGUCCUCCCCCGGCCGCCGCCCACUCUGCCCACGUCCAAGCCGAAGCCGGCGCCUGCGCGGGGCCUCUGCCCGCACGGGAAGCCCAGGAGCAAAGGCCCGAGCUGCAAGCGGAGCUCGGGCCGCGGGUCGGAACAGUACCGCUCUCAGCGGCCGGUCACCGUGGACAGCUCCAAGGCCAGGACCUCCCUGGACGCCCUGAAGAUCAGCAUUCGGCAGCUCAAGUGGAAGGAGUUCCCUUUUGGCCGACGCUUGCCUUGUGACAUCUACUGGCAUGGAGUUUCAUUUCACGACAAUGACAUAUUCUCUGGUCAAGUGAACAAGUUUCCAGGCAUGACGGAGAUGGUGCGUAAAAUUACUCUGAGUAGAGCAGUGAGAAUCAUGCAGAAUCUCUUUCCUGAGGAGUACAACUUCUACCCUCGCUCAUGGAUUCUGCCUGACGAGUUCCAGCUCUUUGUUGCUCAGGUACAAAUGGUGAAAGAUGGUGACCCUUCCUGGAAGCCCACUUUUAUUGUGAAACCUGAUGGCGGUUGUCAGGGUGAUGGAAUCUACCUCAUUAAAGACCCCAGCGAAAUCCGCCUGGCAGGGUUGCUCCAGAGCAGGCCAGCGGUGGUCCAGGAGUACAUCUGCAAACCUCUCCUCAUCGACAAGCUCAAGUUCGAUAUUCGUCUGUAUGUCUUACUGAAGUCCUUAGAACCCUUAGAGAUUUACAUAGCCAAAGAUGGACUCUCUAGAUUUUGUACGGAGCCAUAUCAGGAGCCCAGUGCCAAAAACCUGCAUCACAUCUUUAUGCACUUAACCAACUAUUCACUGAACAUCCACAGCGGUAACUUUGUCCAUUCGGACAGUGCUAGCACAGGCAGCAAAAGGACCUUUUCUAGCAUUCUUUGUAGGUUGUCUUCCAAAGGCGUUGACAUCAAGAAGGUCUGGUCUGAUAUCAUCUCCUUGGUGAUUAAGACUGUCAUUGCCCUGACUCCAGAGCUCAAAGUUUUCUACCAGUUGGUCAUCCCUGCAGGGACGGGGCCCACAUGCUUCCAGAUUUUAGGCUUUGACAUUCUUCUGAUGAAAAAUCUGAAGCCUAUACUACUUGAAGUUAAUGCAAAUCCCAGCAUGAGAAUCGAACAUGAACAAGAACUUUCUCCAGGGGUGUUUGAAAAUGUCCCCAGCCUUGUCGAUGAAGAAGUGAAAGUGGCCGUGAUCAGAGAUACACUGCGCCUCGUGGACCCACUUAAGAAGAGAAGAGAGAACCAGUCUCAGCAGCUUGAAGGGCCAUUAGCUGCAAAGGAAGAUCCUUCUGAGAGUGAGCUGGCCAUCGCCUCAGACGGCAACCCCAACCCCGAAGCCCAACUGCCCUCCAUCUGCCUCAAACAGGUGUUCCCCAAGUACGCAAAGCACUUCAACUACCUGCGCCUGGUGGACAGGAUGGCAAAUCUGUUUAUCCGUUUCCUGGGAAUCAAGGGGACAAUGAAGCUGGGACCAACAGGCUUCCGUACUUUCAUAAGGAACUGCAAGCUUAGCAGCAGCAGCUUCUCCAUGGCCGCCGUGGACAUCCUCUACAUUGACAUCACAAGGAGAUGGAACUCCGUGACCCUGGACCAGCGGGAUUCAGGGAUGUGCCUGCAGGCCUUCGUAGAGGCUUUCUUUUACCUGGCUCAGAGGAAGUUCAAGAUGCUGCCACUCCACGAGCAGGUGGCCUCACUGAUCGACCUGUGCGAAUACCACCUGUCCCUGCUGGAUGAAAAGCGUCUGGUGUGUGGCCGGAGUGGCACAUUGGGGGGCCGGCCCCCUUACAGUGGCACUCCUCAGGAAGCCGCCCCUGCAGCCCCGCUGGCAGAGGGCAACCUCCCGCCCUGCACAGACAAGCUCUCCCAUGCCAGACACGCUCUGUCCUGAGGACCACUCUGUCCUCCCAGAAGAAGAGCAAGCCGUUCAGGGCUCGAGAGCAGCCCUGGGCUUCCUGCCUGUGGGGCAGCAGCAGCAGACUGCCGAGAAUUCCCGCCCGACUCUGCUAACUGUCUCCAUGUUCUGCCGAGCUGCACUUCUCCGAAGGCCGGCUGAUUCUUGCCUGCCUCCCAGUACCUCUCGGUGGUCCACCCCUUUGCAAGUCACCAGUGGACAUAUGACAUCCCGAACAUGACAGAUGGCAUCUUCUAUUCUGGGCUCACAGAAAGCAACAAUCGGGGUAAAACUGUUGCAUGUGGGGCACCAACAACCCCCAGACUGAAAACCGCAGCGAGGAAAGAACUUGAGGAAGCCGAGUCUCGGGUCUGCUGGGACCCCGAGAGAGAAGACUGGCUAAAGCCCACAGACAUCAUGUCCAUUUCCAACCACCGGUUCUGUGAGAAUGAAGUGGGAAUCUCAAGUCGGCGCCCGCAACUCUCCCGUCCCAAUCAUGUGCUACAUGGGCGUAGUUAACAGAUUAGCCUCAUUUAUUUCAUUAGCUUGCCUAUUGCUGCAGUGUUCAGUUUGUUGUUAAUUAAGAAAUAAUUAAGAAGUCACUACGUAAGCCUCCUAGAGUGUCAGAGCUGGCAGGAGCCUCUGAGGUCAUUUUGCCGGAUUUCGUUGGACCGUGACCACAAAGCCGGAGUGCCAUGGUCAUGUGGCCUUUGAUUGGAGCCCUCUACCGGGUGGGGUGCUCAGCACGUGAUCAGCACUGCCGGGACCCCUGUGUGCCCGCUGUGCACUGGGUGCCCUGGGUGAGAGGGGGCUUCUGAGGGGAGGAAACACGGCC